AUGCAAACCACAUCAACCUCUCUUCAGGUGAAGCUUGGGUCGCCAGUCCCUCCACCCUGGGUGGGAGGUAGGCAGGAAGCACCAGGCGGUGGUGGCUGAAUCACUUGUCUCUCGGCUCGUCUAGGUUUUGAGCACAAGAUCACAGGGCAGGCGUCCCCCAGCCUUGACUGGCAGAAAGUGCUAGGGGCCCCCAGACCCCCAGGAAACCCCGGCCUCAUCCAUCUGCGGGCCAUUCACCAUGAAUCCCACAGCCACCGGAUCUGCUCUGGGAAGGGCCAGCACUGCAGACACCUGCAUGUCGGGCGGAGCAAAUGUUUCCGAGGAGCAGAACAGCUCACCGAGAAGAACGCCUCCCCCCCCACUCCAGCCAUACUCACUCCUAGGAGUCCAGUUGCAGCUGCUGCCACCCACUGCCGAGGGACCCAAGCAGGCUUCAGCCACUGGGCAUUGUCGCUGCCACAGUGACCUCAUCCUGCUGGGCUGCACAUCAAUUUUGGCUUCCCUUUUGCUGGGCAUGGAGUUGGCUGAACUGUCAGGCGAUGGGCCAAGGCUGCCCCCACCUCCCGGGUCACCCAGCAGAGUCACCCUACUGUCCCUUUCUGACAGCAACUCCACCAAGUUGCUUCUGCCUUCUGACACGGAAGAUGGCCCCCUGGAUGAGCAGGCCUCGCCCCCAGAAAGCCCUACCUGCCUUCCCCAGUGGAGUCCCCUGGUGGACAUGGCAGUAGAAGGCUUUGAGAAGGACCCUACCAGCCACUCGCCCCACCCACCCACCCACGUGACUGCCACACAGGCCCUGAGCCAAAUGCACCGCCAGACACCAUCCGAGGGAGCUCCCCAAGCUGGGUCCUGGCCAUCCAGGUGGGCAUCAACUGCAGUUGAGGUGCAGGCUAAAAGGACGCAAGGCUGAUGACCGCAGAAAUGAAUCCCGAGCAUGGAGGGGCUUCCCAACUCCACCUGAACUUCCAGGGGUCUUUCUGACCUAUCCUGGCUCUGGGAAGAGGGUGGGGAUGGGGCGCUGUUGGCAGUUCAGAGGCUAAAAAUGAACCACCUGGCUGCUUUGAGGCAAAUAACUCGGUAGGGGUUGGGGAUCGACUUCCACACAAAACAGAGCCUUCUGCCCUCCACCAUCUUGGUUUUUCUCCCUCCAGGCUGCCAGGAAGCCCUGCCUUUUUUAGCUUCCCUAGAUCCUCACUUGCUCUCCACUGUCCAAGCCGCCAGCCAGGACACGAAGCAGUUCAGUCCAAGUGCCACUGCAGUGCGGCCUCCGCAGACACUGAUCUUUACACCUCUACUUGGACUGACCUCACCUGGACCCCUGGAAGCUCAUCUCCCUGGGCCGAAUCCCGAGGGCAACCCUCUCCCCAGGAACUCAUGAGUCCUGCCAGACCCUUCUGGACGUGAAUGUGGGCGGGCAGCCCCAGGACAGCAUGGUAGCCCUUUGUCAGGCACAGCCAUGUCUGUGCAGCCUGCAGGCUGACAUUUCUCCCUGACCCACAGCCUCACUGGCCCCUGGAGGACCCUUUGUACUCCAGGACGUCCUUGGGAGGCUGAGGGAAUGGGCCGGCUUUGGGCUCCAAGGACCCUGAGGGGAGCUUGUGUCCAGGGGGGGAUGCUGGGCUGACUAACCAACUGGAGGCUGCUGGAUUUUUGGGCUUCUGUGAUUGAUUGUUUUUAAAGAAAAGGUGUGUGAGAGAGAAGGACAGUGCCUGCCUGACCUGCUUUUGCUGGGUUCCUGCCUCAUUUAAGAAGGGGCAAAUGCCAUUGUGCGAUGGCACCUUUGCCCUUGCUCUGAACUGUGGUAUCAGUAUUGCAUGAUCUUCCUACAGGCUUCCCACUCCAACAGUUCUGCAGGGCAGGCUCACUUAGGCUACUGAAGAGCUCCCAGCCCUUCCCUUCCUGCUCUCCCUCAAGCUUUCUGCCCCAUGUUUGUCAGGUGAGUUUAAAUUUCUAAGUGAAAAACAGAAAUUGGUUUCACUUUCCAAGGAGGUCUCUGAGACCACCCCUAAAGCACAGAAAUAAAACAGAGGAGCUACAGCCGAAGCUCACAGGACCUUCCAGAGAGGGGAGCGUGGCAUACCUGGGCAGACCCCCUUAGCCAGCCUUCUGUGAGAAGGUCUCCCCAUGCCAAGUCUAGACCCUGCCCCGAGGGAUGAGAUGGUUACACUGAGGCAAACUGCUCCAACUGUGGCAGGAUAGCCAGGAGACCCCCAACUCCCAGGUUCUGGGUGCAUAGAAGGGCUGCACCUUCACCCACACAUGAAGGAAGCCUGGCUGCCUUUUCUGAAUGCCUAACCCCAACCGGGGCUUCAGCAUCACAGAAGGCAGCAGUCAAAAUUGGGCCUUUUGCUAGUACUUGGAAGUGGGGGUAAAGGAAGCCAGGAACUGAGCAAUGGGGAGCAGACCAUUGAUAGCUCUUCUCCCAGUUAGCAUUGCUGUCCUCUGUAUGGCCCUGGCACAAGGAAGCUGCACCCCAUUUCCCCCUCCCCAGCCAACCCCCAGGGCCUUCCUGCAUGGUGGCCAGAGGGCAAGGACCAGCCUGUGCCUUCAAAUGGUUUGCUGUUUGGCUGAAGAAACCCCAAUUCACAAAGAAGGACCGGGGGGUCUGCCCAAAUAUUUUCUGCCCAUCAGCACUAAGAGGAGGCUGGGUGGGAUGCCCGUGGCAGCCCCUCUCCCCAGAACUGAUUUAUUUAGGUGGUCAGGAACCACUUUGUGGAUCCAGAGGGAUUUUGAGAU